AGUCCAGUAGAAGACAUAGCCUAUGAUGCCACUGUUUUAAUGCUUAUAAUAUUCAUGUAUGAACGUGUGGGUCGUGUCUGGUGAGUGAAGGGGCGGGGCUUGUGCGUUAUCGCCAUGAAAGUGUCCUUACAAGGAAAGUUGAACUUGGACUACUUUUUCUUUUCUUUUGUCGUCAUUGUCUGCUUUCCUCUUUGUGGACUUCUUAGUAACGCGCCGAAAGACAGCGUUUGUUCAUUUAUGAACAUAUAUAAUCAAUCAUCACCGGGGUCACCACCUUUCCCGCAAGCAGGAGAGCGGCGUGCGCGCGCUGCGGCGCCCGCGUCAGAGGCAGUGGGAGGCGGCGAGCUGAGCGGCCCAUGAGGCGGAGGACAUGGAGAUGCUCCGCCGCUCCUCCGUGUUCGCCGCUGAGGUGUUUGACCGCUCGCCCACCGACAAAGAGCUGGUGUCCCAGUCCAAGGCUCUGUGCCGGGACUACAUCCAGUCCAGGCUGAGCCGGGCCGGGAUAGGAUGGGCAAAGCCUGAGCAGACCGGGCUGGCUGCUUCUUGGGGGACGCAGGGGGAAAUCUCGGCGGUGCUCUUGUGGUUGGGCGAUGAGCUGGAGUACCUUCGCCCCAACGUCUACCGCAACGUAGCACGACAACUCAACAUCACGGUGGCGUCGGAGAGCGUGGUGUCGGAUGCCUUCCUGGCGGUGGCGGCGGACAUCUUCUCCACAGGUGUGACGUGGGGGAAAGUGGUGUCCUUAUACGCCGUGGCGGGAGCGCUGGCGGUGGACUGCGUUCGCCACGGCCACCCGGCCAUGGUCCACACCAUCGUGGACUGCAUGGGCGAGUUUGUUCGCAAGAGUCUGUCCACGUGGUUGAAGCGACGAGGCGGAUGGGCGGACCUGACUAAGUGCGUGGUGAGCACCGAUGCAAGCUUCCGCUCCCAUUGGCUGGUGUUGUCGCUAUGCACCUUUGGACACUACGUUAAGGCCAUCGUGUUGUAUCUCCUUAGGGAGAAGUGAUAAAGGCGGAGUUGCCACCUUUGGAUUGUGUUUACACUCAUUUGCACUGAGCCCUCAUCAUGGCACACACACACUUCCCCUUCCUGCACCUCAUGGGCUCUAUCGUCUAUUUAUUUUAAUAAUAUAGCACAACUUUGGUUAGAAAGUGUACUUUUUUAACAUUUUGUUUUUUUAUGUUUGCUCUGGCAAACUGUCAAUUUUACUGCUUCAACCUUGUUAAGUGUAAUUGUUUGGGCAGAAUAAAAGGACUUCCUAUGCUUGUGACUUUGGUCACUGUGACAUUUUGCCUCAGAUUGCUGUGCUGUGUUGACAUAAUGCAAGUUGUUUUAGAUUGAAUCUUUGGCAUUUCACUUUAUGGGUGGAUUUAAUUUUAUAGUAUAGUAUCACUUUUAAUUUGUUACAUACCACCAGAAGUUCCUGAAAAGUUAAUGAAUUGUCUGCAUUUGUAAAUGUUAAAUGUUGAGUAAUACUAAUUAAAACGUUUCU